GGGACAGAUUUGCUGUGGCCAUCUGACAUUUCCGAACCCACCAUUCCUUCUUCCACGGGAGUGACUGACGUAGUUCCUCUUUGUCAAGGUCCUACCUUUUCCCAGAGGCCAGAGGCUCCUGAAUUUGUGCCUCAGGCCCAACCUGCAGAAGACUUGCAAGAACCUGAAGACUGGUGGUCCAUUGUUGAUGAGGGAGAAGACGUGGAGGAAGCUGAACUGGGAGAAACAGAGAGCGUCGAGCAAGAAGCGAGGGUUGAUGAGUCAGUAGUGUCAGAACCAACAUCGGAAGUAACGCCAGAACCAUUGCUAGAGCCCAGGGAACAGAGAGAGCGUAGAGUUAUUCAACCCCCAAAA